AUGGUCCGCUACGCUGCUGAACACAUUGAGCCCGCCAAGAGCGCUCGCGCUCGCGGCUCAUACCUCCGGGUCUCCUUCAAAAACACUCGCGAGACCGCCCAGGCCAUCAACGGAUGGAAGCUCGCGCGCGCCGCCACCUACCUCGAGAACGUCCAGAACAAGAGCGAGGCCGUUCCAAUGCGACGAUAUGCCGGGAGCACUGGCCGUACUGCCCAAGGCAAGCAGUUCGGUGUCUCCAAGGCCCGCUGGCCCGUCAAGUCGGCCGAGUUUCUUUUGAGCUUGCUCAAGAACGCUGAGGCCAACGCCGAUACCAAGGGUCUCGAUACCAGCAACUUGAUUGUCAAGCACAUUCAGGUCAACCAGGCCCCCAAGCAGCGCCGCCGCACAUACCGUGCUCACGGUCGUAUCAACCCAUACAUGUCCAACCCAUGCCACAUCGAGCUCAUCCUCACCGAGGGCGAGGAGGUUGUCCAGAAAGCCCCUGAGGCCGUCGCUCGUGCCACUGGCAAUAGCUCCCACCUCAACUCCCGCCAGCGUGCUCAGCGCACCCGCAAGUUCCUCCAGCUCACCCCAGCCCAGUAG